AUGGCGACCCUCACUCCUAGAAGAAGCGGUUGGCCAGCCGGUAAAACACCCCAAAAUGCCUAUAUGUCGUCUGGAUCAUUAACACUGGAAAGGACGAUAAACCUCUAUCCACUCACAAAUUACACAUUUGGAACAAAAGAUGCUCUGUAUGAGAAGGACAGCUCAGUGCAGGCCAGGUUCCAAAGAAUGAGGGAAGAGUUUGAGAAAAUAGGGAUGAGACGCUCGGUGGAGGGAAUUCUACUUGUACAUGAACACAACCUCCCACAUGUAUUAUUACUGCAGCUAGGAACAACAUUCUUCAAACUUCCAGGAGGAGAAUUAAAUGCAGGUGAAGAUCAGGUAGAGGGACUGAAAAGGCUACUGACAGAGGUGAACUUUAAAUCUUUGUACUUUUUUUAG